AUGGGAAAAUCACUUUCUCACCUGCCUAUGCACACAUGCAAGGAAGAUGGCUGUGAUGGAGGCACAGUGUCUGAUAAUAUGAGGAACGGGUUAGUUCACUCGGAAUCGCACAACGAAGAUGGCAGAUGUGGAGAUGUAUCGCAGUUUCCCUACGUGGAAUUCACGGGAAGAGACAGCGUCACCUGCCCGACUUGCCAGGGAACAGGAAGAAUUCCACGAGGGCAGGAAAAUCAGCUGGUGGCAUUAAUUCCAUACAGUGAUCAGAGACUGAGGCCAAGAAGAACAAAGCUCUACGUGACUGCUUCUGUAGUUGUAUGUUUACUGCUUUCUGGGUUGGCUGUAUUCUUCUUGUUUCCUCGUUCAAUUGAUGUUGAAUACAUUGGUGUGAAGUCAGUGUAUGUCACCUACGAACAGGGUAGACGUAUAAUAUAUCUAAAUAUUACGAACACACUAAAUAUAACGAACAACAACUAUUAUUCUGUUGAAGUGGCAAAUAUCACAGCCCAGGUUCAGUUUUCAAAAACAGUUAUUGGCAAGGCACGGCUAAACAACAUCACCAACAUUAGUCCUCUGGAUAUGAAACAGAUCGACUAUAUGGUGCCCACAGUCAUACAAGAUGAAAUGAGCUACAUGUUUGACUUCUGCACUUUAGCAUCUAUCAAAGUGCAUAACAUAGUAGUGAUGAUGCAAGUGACAGUGACAACCUCUUACUUUGGCCACUCUGAGCAAAUAUCCCAGGAGAGAUACCAGUAUGUGGACUGUGGAGGAAACACAACCUACCAGCUCGGCCAGUCAGAAUAUUUAAAUGUACUUCAGCCUCCACAAUAAAAGCACCUGUUGGUUGGUGUGGAAUGACUGCUGUUGAUGCUUGCAGAGAUCCUUUGGGAAGGACUGGUACUACAUGAAGGGGAGGGUAUGUGCAUGUAAAGCAUAGCGAACAUGGUGACCUGUUCACUUUAGAUGCAAGGAGGGAAAAGGUGCAAAAUGUACAUAGAUGCACUUGUUAAAUGUUGUGUUUUCCCCUUCUGUUUGCUUUCUAUUACUGUAAGCACUUCUGUCAGGUUGUGUGGUGGGAGGGAGAGGGGGAAUAUCAGAUUCUUGGACUGAAGUGGGACCUUUCCUUACAGUGUGGUACAUCAGCUUCGAGUAACUGUGUAUGUCUGUGUUUAGGUGAAAUGUGUCACUAAUGAGCAUUUUAGAAAAAUUGAUACUGAUAAAUUUUAAGUUUAUACUUUAUUGCUUGAUAUUUGACUAUUGAAACUGGCAGUAUUACUACUUAAGUAACAAGAUUGCUUUGAGGUAUCUGGGUGUGAAACUUCUCUUAGUAAUCCAGUGGCAAUGGUUCUUUAUUUUGGGAUUCUACUUCUUUGCUAUACAUGAUUAUAGGUGACAUGCAGUCUGUGAAAGCUAGGAAAGCUCACUUGGAUGACACUGUACUUGAAUGUGUAACUUCUAAAAUCUGGCAUUCUUUUCAUAUUCCCUCCUGCUACCUCUGGGAAGUUAUAAGGAGAACGUAUGUUGUUAG